AGAGAUCAGGAAAAUCUAGAGCGGGGAAUAAGAAAUAGAGAGAGACGUCUCCUGGAAAUUGUGCCUCUACGUGCUCUCUUAUCGUCGAAGCCUUCCCUUCCCCAUGCCGUCGUCUUUGUUUCUUUGACCCCUUGGCGGCCUCCUCCUUCCUUGUCAGUCGUUGCGUCACCAGUGCAGUGCAGUGCAGCAGUGCCCUCCCGCCCCCAUAGAUACACAUACGUUGAUACAUACACGCGCGCUAGAGCGGCAGUAGAGCUAGCUAAAGCUUGCCUGCAGCUUCUAGAUUCCUGCUAUAAGUAGUAGCCUUCCUCCUCUUCGUCUUCUUCCUGUUGUUGUUCUUCUUCUUCCUCUACCCUUGUCCCCAUACCUGGUUCUGACUGACUGGCUGACGACUGAGCGGUCGAUCGGGUUCACCAUGAGCUCACCAGCUGCCAUGCUUGCCAUCCUGAUCCUCACGGUCGCCGCCUCGCUGAGCCUUCUUCUCCUCCUUGAGCCAGCCUCCGCCGCCAGGCAUCCAUCAGCUCCCCUCUACUCAUCCUCUCCCACGCAGGGCGGCGGCGGGGAGAAGGAGGAUCAGGAGCAGAAGGUGCGGCUGGGGUCGAGCCCGCCGAGCUGCCGCAACAAGUGCUACCAGUGCAGCCCGUGCGGCGCGGUGCAGGUGCCCUCGCUCGCCGCGCCGGCCGGCCCAGCGACGACGGCCCAGGAGGCGCCCCCGGUCGUGCCGCUCUCCAACAACUACAAGCCGCUCUGGUGGAAGUGCCAGUGCCGCGACCGACUCUACGACCCCUGACGCGCGCCAUCGAUCGAGCCUCCGAUCCGGGCCAUCCGGCACAGAGAUCGCCGGCCGGCGACGGAAGGGACGACGGUUUUUUUUCUUUUGGGGGAUGGUAUGAUCCGUGGAGUAAAUUUCUACACAGUGGGUAGCUAAAAACCUCCAGUUCCGUCCUGAAUAGAAAUUUUGCUCCUAUCAAUGGUCCCUGCUCUUUGGGCUUUAGCAUUAGGACAUUUUCGUUUAAUUUUUUUUGUUUUUGUUUUCGAUCUAUCCUCAUUUCCAGUUUCUGCUUAUGAUGUUUUGGACCGCAUCUACUGCAUGUCGGGUCUCACUCUCAUGUACAUUAAGCAUGUGCUGCUGUGCUGACCAAGGUCCGAGGGAUGGAAUCAUGGCGAAUCCAUCCAUCAUUGGGUGCUGGGCAAGGAUAGAGUGUAUAGUGCUGCUAGUUAAUCCCCUGUCCUUGACUGUCCCCGUGUGCAUCAUGACUGUUUUCUCCUUCUUCGAUCUUUCUGACUUGCUUAAUGAUGAUUACACUUGAUUUUCGAAA